GAGUUCUUAAUGAACAGGGUAUGGUUAAGCGUAAUAUAGUAUUUCUGUACCACAGCCUCUGCCAUAUCAAGACCAUGGUGCGUGCUGAAGAAGUACAUCCUUCCCGAGGUGAUCCUGUCAAGUCGGCGCUUGUCGACUUUAACUGAACACCAUGGAUCUAGAGAGGAAAACUCGAUAAAACCCGUAAUCUCCGGUGUUAUUCGACCCGUGCCCUUGAGAUGAAUGGCACUACGUUAGUGUGUCUUCGAACGGAGACCUUCGGAUAACUGGCGCCCUCCGAUUGUAACAUAGCCUUGUCCAGGUAUGGCGGAUCUCUGCCCGGAUCGACUUAUUUUUCUCCGCAACUCGUGGGAUUAAGCAUGAAUUCAAAUAAUGUAAAAUAUAAUAAAAUAAUUAAUAAUACAGCUGGUCGUUCGGCAUAUCUAAAUUCUGUUACUUCGGAUAAUCAAGCAUCCUAUUCCAGUAAGAUACCUACAGCGUAUUCAAAUAGAAAUGAAAGGGAGUCACGCGUCAGGUCCAGACGGUCGGGUGCUAAUUCACGGAAAAUUUAUAAUGACCGUCGUGCAGCUAACAGACUGGUCGAGAGAUUCAAUAAUACGCCGUAUAAUCAACUGUCUGAAGCAAAUAAAUGCAGCCUUGAUUGGGCUAGAAAGGUGCUGGAAACAGCUCCUAGCACUGAUAAACGGGAAUCUGGAACUAAGCGCUCAAUAGUCGAGUCAGUUUCAACGCCCGAAGUUAAAAAUGUACAAUUUUCUGGUAAUUCUACUCAAAAUAGGCCUUUAUUAGAUCAGCCAAACUCAAAUUCUGAAGCUAAGAAGGCAAAAUGUAGUAAUCCCAUUCAAAAUGAGCCCUUGAGUGAUAUAGUGAAGAGCCAGAUAACUAUUGCAGUCAUCGAUGAUAGUGACCCUGAUGGCAAAAUCACACAUGAAAACUGGAGUUUAAUAAACAAAAAACUUAUGGAUUUAUACCUUGAUUUAAUGAAGGAGUAUCCAGGUAAAACUCCCUCCUUUCGUGAUGGUGGAUGGUUCCAGGGUUAUGUGAAACUAAUCGAUUGUGCGGAUCAACGUUCUGUUGAUAUUUAUCGCAUUGCCAUCUCCAGAUUGGGUGAGGUCUGGCCAGGCGCAAAACUCAGAGUUGUUGAUAAGGAUCAAAUUCCUUGCCGACCAAGAGCGCAUACCUGGGUACCGGCCGAGCCGUCCGACCCUAGAAAGAUACUAAACUUAAUUCAGUUGGGUAAUUGGGGAAUUGGUGCCCACACUUGGAGGAUCACUAAGGUGGAGGAACCAAAAGGACGUUAUAGAUGGGUCAAUCUUGUGCUUGACAAAGCAUCAUUGGUUCCCUUGGCACGAUCUGGUGGUGUUAUAAAUUACGGUUUCUCAUCUAUUAAUAUAAAGGUCUAUAAAAAGGAUCAGGAGCGAUCCUAAUCCGACUUUUAUAUAAUUCCAAUGGAAAUAUCGUAAGAUGUUUCUAAUUUUUGAAUGAAAAUCGAAUGGAAAACAUCUGCUCUUCAUUCUCUGGUUUCCUCUUUUUCAUCAGAAGUAAGCAUGAGUACAUGUCAUCUCCAUGAACACAUACUACUUUCGUUCAAGAAUAUGUCUGCAAAAUUAAUGCUCUCAUCACACUAGCGGAGUUAAUUGACUUCAUAGGCAAAUGUAAUGAUGACAUGGGCGUAUCGAAUUAACCGGUAAUGAUGCGCCUUCCAGGUUGCAACAACGCCAUUACAAUGAAGGGACAAAUAUGGUUUUUAAGCCAAAACCAUGGUCUUAUUGUAAUUUUGUAUGCUGGCUCCGAACUUAAAUCUUCCAAUUUAUACAGCCAGAAAAGUAAUGAUUAUCAGACUGCUAUAAGCUUUUAUGACCAUCAGACACUUCCGUUAAAUAUUCUGAAAUGGCGGGUCUAAAAGUCUGGUAGAGCUGCUAAUAGGCUAUACAGAAACAUUUUUUCAAUGUGGAUGGGACAGCAUAAAUACAAACGAACGCGGUCAGCAAAUAUGAAAAGUGAUGUCAUUGAGAUAUAAAUUAGUGGAACUUUUUUUCCUUAUAUGACACAAUUGUUAAAAUUGUUAUCUAUCUUAUUCCUAUAAGAUUUAUGGAUGGAAUUGUUUAUGCUAAACACUCCAUGUAGAAUCAAAGGAGUCAAGAUAUACACCAUAUGUUCGUUGAUAUAUUGAUAUAAGAAAAAAAAAUUAUUGCUUCGGAGUCCUGGAUGAUACAAGUAUGAAUCAAAAAAAUUCGAUUUUCAUUGUUAGAAUAAGAGUAGGAUUUAGCGACAAUGUACAGGAAGGAGCUACGAUACUCUCAUGCUAAAGAUGUAAAGAUGAUGGAUAUUAAGCUGGAAGAGCAAAAAAUGCAAAUUUCUACUAAAGUAUUGAAUUGAAUUUCAUCGAAAUCUAUGUGCUAGCUUAUACGUUAUAUGUAUAUGUGAUUUAAUAUUAUAUACAUAUAUAUAUUCUAUUUUAUUGCUUCCUUGAAAAAGGAUGCUCUUAUAAAGCUUUGUAAUUCAAUUGUAAUGAAAAUGAUUUACAAAAUGGCUCAGAAUG